AAAGUAUGAAAAAACCUAUUAUUUCACACAAGCACUAUGAAUCACCAAACAAAAACCAUUCCUUAUAAAUACACUCUUAUAUUCCAUUCCAUGUUCACUCAACAAAUGUGUUUGCAAUAGCACCAACACUAACUUUUGUGUUCCUCUUCUAAAACACAACAAAAAUCAUUAGAGACAUAGCAUAUAUACAUGGCAUCAAUGGAAGACAUGAACAUGAGUAAUGAAGAAAUUACACUUCCUGGAUUCCGAUUUCACCCUACAGAAGAAGAACUCCUUGAUUUCUACCUUAAAAACAUGGUCGUCGGCAAGAAACUUCGCUACGAUGUCAUUGGUUUUCUCAACAUCUAUCACCAUGAUCCCUGGGACUUGCCAGGUUUGUCAAAGGUUGGGGAAAGAGAAUGGUAUUUCUUUGUGCCAAGGGACAAAAAACAUGGCAGUGGAGGAAGGCCUAACCGCACAACUGAAAAAGGGUUCUGGAAAGCAACCGGUUCGGACCGGAAAAUCGUGACGUUAUCGGAUCCAAAGCGGAUCAUCGGGUUGAGGAAGACGUUGGUUUUCUACAAAGGAAGAGCUCCACGAGGAAGCAAGACCGAUUGGGUCAUGAAUGAGUAUCGUUUACCUGACAAUAGCCCCUUGCCUAAGGACAUAGUGUUGUGCAAGAUAUAUAGAAAGGCAACUUCGUUGAAAGUGCUUGAACAAAGAGCAGCUGAAGAAGAAGAGAUGAAACAAAUGGUGGUGGGUUCUCCUACAUCCCCACCUUCCUCUACGGACACAAUCUCCUUUAACUACACACAACAAGACCAACACGUGUCAUUACCGAUAUUGUUCCAACAAGUUAUUCCUAAGGAAGAAUCCCAACAUGAAACAGAGACAAAAACUCAUGAUAUGGUUUCUCAGGUGACCAUGACUGAGAAACCAUGUCAUAAUAACAAAAAAGCUUGUGGAACAUUGUUGCAAUUGCCCUUGGGGAAGGACAAUGUUCCUGAGUUACAGUUACCUAUCGUAACGGAUUGGACUCAAGAUACCUUUUGGACUCAGCUUAACAGUCCUUGGCUACAAAACUGGACUGCUUACUCCAACAUCCUCAAUUUCUAGUUGCAUUAAUCAACAAAACAAGUUUAUUUUGGAAUUUAUGUAUAUUCAGUCAUUUAAUUCAUAACGUAAAUUAUAGUAUUACUACUAGAUAAAGUAAUUAGGCAAGAAGUAUAAUAUUUCAUGUAAUGUAACUUCUGCCUAAGAAACUUGACAAUUCUACUCUGUUUUUAGAUGAUGUAAUAAUGAAAGUCUCUUUUGUCAUUUUUAAGAGAUAUUAGAUAAAGUAGACAAUGUACUUUGUAUGUUUA